UCACGGGAGUGGCGUUGGAGAAGAGCUCGUCCUUCCGGGAGCUCCUUUGCAAAAUGAAAGGAUCAAUCUGAUUGGUUGCUAUGGACAACUAAGUCAGUUUUCCUUUAAACCAGUUUUGAUAAAUCUGCCCCCAUGAUGUCUACCUUAUACAGUGAACCAGGAGUACAGAUAUAUAGUAGUAUCUUCCAUUAGACAUUGCUCUUCACCCUUGCUGAACCUCUGGGGAUGAGCAGACAUAGAAAAAGGAUGGGUGAGACAAUAUUAAAUCUCACCUUGGAGAUUGUUUACCUGCUGACUGGAGAGGAAUGCAUAGUAGUAAAGAAGUCUGGUGAAAAUGUCACUCUAUUCGACCGCCGCCAUGCAUCAGCAGGAUGGAGCAAGACCCAGAGCCUCGUCACAGGGUCUCAAAUCCAAUCAGUGGUCCGUGAUAGGAAAAGUAAGCAGAAGAUCCUAGAACUGACCAACAAGAUCAUUAAACUGCUGACUGAAGAGGAUGUUGCAGAUCAUUUUUCCACAGAGAAGGGGAAGUAUGCAGAAGGACAUACUGAUCUAUACAAGGAUUACAUGAGUGAGGCGCACCGGCCUCUCGCUUCACCUGAUGGAUCCAGUAGUAGGAGUACACCAGACAGAAGUUCCAGUCCACUAUAUUCCCAGGACUGUGUUGAAGAUCAACAGGCUGAAGAUCUUAUUGAUAUUAAAGUAGAAGUUAUGGAUGAUGAUGAAGACAUAUAUCCCGUGGGUGAUGUGCAAUGUAAGGAAGAAGAAAUACCUGUAGAAAUCAGUGCACCAGAUGAAUUCACUAAGAAUUCGGAAGGAAACCUUUCACCAGAUUCUAAAACAGAAGUCAAAACUACCUCACAGAACAAUUCAAAAGACUGCUUGACCAACCCAAAUGUAUCCUCUGCCACUCAAAGCAGCAAUCGGUUACCUGAUCCCUGCACUUAUGAAGGAACUUCAUCUGAUCGAUCUCACAAAGCUAAAAAAAAUGCCGAUCCAAAAGGGGACAAAUUGUUUCCAUGUUCCCAAUGCGGGAAAUAUUUUAAAAGCAAGUCAAGUCUAAUUAAACAUCGGCUAAUUCAUUUAGAUAAGAGACCAUAUUCAUGUUCGCAGUGUGGGAAAGGUUUUACCCAGAAAUCAGGUCUCAUUAAACAUCAGAGAAUUCAUACAGACGAGAGGCCAUUUUCAUGUUCAGAGUGUGGGAAAUGUUUUACACAGAAAUCGAUUCUUGUUGAACAUCAGAGAGGUCACUCAGGAGAGAAGCCAUUUUCAUGUUCAGAGUGUGGGAAAUGUUUCACUUGGAAAUCUGUUCUUUUUGAACAUCAAAAAACACAUACUGGAGAGAGACCAUAUACAUGUGCACAGUGUGGCAAGUGUUUCACUCAGAAAUCCAAUCUCGCUGACCAUCAGAAAACUCACACAGGGGAGAAGCCAUUUUCAUGUUUCGAUUGUGGGAAAUGUUUCACCCGUAAAUCCGGCCUCGUUCAACAUCAACGACUUCACACAGGAGAAAAUCCAUGUAUGGAAUGCGGCAAAUGUUUCACUCAGAAAUCAGAUCUUCUUAAACAUCAAAGGACUCACACAGGAGAGAGACCAUUUUCAUGUCUGAUUUGUGGGAAGUGUUUUACCCAGAAAUCAUCUCUUGUUGGGCAUCAGAAAUGUCACACCGGCGAGAAGCCAUUUUCAUGUUCAGAAUGUGGGAAAUGUUUUACUCGAAAAUCAGUUCUGGCCGAUCACCAGAAAACUCACACAGGGGAGAGGCCGUUCCCGUGUUUAAAUUGUGGGAAAUGUUUUGCUCAGAAAUCCGAUCUUGUUGUUCAUCACAGAGUUCACACGGGAGAGAAACCAUAUACAUGUAAUGAAUGCGGGAAAUGUUUUACCCAGAAAUCUUCUCUUGCUGAACAUCUGAAAAUUCACACAGGGGAGAAGCCGUUUUCAUGUUCACAAUGUGGGAGAUGUUUUACCCAGAAAUCUUCUCUUGUUAAACAUCAGGUGACUCACGCAGGACCAGAAUCCUUUUCAUACUCCGAAAGUGAAAUGUAUUAUCCAGACAUUGGCUAUGGUUUACCAGCAGACGAUUCCGUUAAGGAAGAAGGUUUAUGUAAUGUUCAGACCAUGGAUAAUGAUUUGCAAGAGGAUCAAAAUGAUCAGGACAAUUGAUUCUUUGUUUGUAUUUUAAGAAUCGUCCAAAUGUUCCGUUUUUUUACCAGCACAGAGUCGCUGAGAUCAAAAGAGUGGGGGUGGGAUCGAGCUUAAGAUUUUUUAAGCCAUUUAACUACUGAUAUCCCAUUCUCCUUCACUAUAUUAAUAAGGCCAACAAGAAGGUACAAUUUUCCUUAGCCUUCCUCGUGCACCUACAAAUGACUGUUUUGGGUGUGGAGUGUUGAGUAUAGCAUCACCAUUUCUAAGAUUUCAGUUGAACAGUUUCUCUAUAACAUAGAUAAAACUGUUAUAUUUCUCAUUAAUCCAAACAGGAUUAGAUUAGUUACAAUUGUGGUGUCCAUGCUGUACACCCAUCUAGCUUCAUGCUUUUUUUUUUUCUUAGAUGAUAUUCAAAUAUAUAAACUGUAAACUAAUAGAAAACUAUAUAUUUUUAUGUGUGUGUGU